AUGACGCAAUUGCAGAUCACGGCCUGCCACAUGGAAGCGUCAAGGGCGGUGACGGACAUCAAGGUUGAGGAGCUCACCGCGAUGAAAGAAAAGCCGGACAUGCACCUCGUGAUCGUGGAGCAGGGUCGCACGUCCACCACCGACGAGAGGAUGGCCAAGUGCGAGAUGACCAGGUCAUUCGUGGGCGACGGCGACAGCAGCCAGAACAAUGCGGGCCAGCGCGAGCGCAAGUGGACGAAAGACCCGUCUAAGUGUAUCGACUACGACAAGCUCGACAUGGACACCCCCGAGGCGUGGAA